CCUUCCCAGUUACCCCCAAAAAAUGGGUUGGAAAGAGGUUGUUCUGAGGAAAGUCUAAGCAAAGAACAUGCAGACAGCUCGGUGACCUAAUACAUCAGCGGGAUAUGACUGUGGAUGGAGAUGUGGAUGGGUUUGUCUCUCAGAGGGAGGUGGUGUAUAACGGCCUGCUGCCGUACUCCGCCCGGUUGGAGCGGGAGGCCACGGAGCUGCUGGCGGAGAUCAAGGCGAACCUGUCCAGGGCUGUCCUCCUCAGGGAGCUGUGGCCCGGGGUCGCCUUCUGGUCCAGGAAGCUCUUCUCGUUUCUGAAGCUGUACGGCCGCAGGUUCAGCAAGGAGGACCACAUUCUCUUCAUCAAGCUGCUCUAUGAGUUGGUCACGCUGCCGAACCUGGAGCCUCACAUGAUGCAGAGCUACGCCAGGCUGCUCAUUCAGCUUCUCAAGAAGAAGGAACUGCUGUCAAGGGAUGACCUACAGUUGCCAUGGCGACCGCUUUAUGAUCUGUACGAGAGGGUCAUCUACUCCAAAACGGAGCACCUUGGACUCAUCUGGUUUCCCAACUCAGUGGACCAUGUUUUGAAGGCUUUGAUCAAAAGCUGCAGACUGUAUUUCCCGCCGUCGUCCACCAGGGAGAUGCUGGAUGAGUGGCGCCCCCUGAUGUGCGUGUUUGACAUAAUCAUGCAGAAGGCCGUCAGCAACAUGGAGCUGUUCCUGCCCACCAUCAUGCCGCCGGAGGAACACGACCAGGGCUUCCAGUUGUGGUUUGAUGAAUUAAUCACUCUCUGGGUGUCAGUGCAAAAUCAGCCAAGCUGGGAGGGGCCAUUGGUGAACCUGUUUGCUCGCCUCGCCAAUGAUGACAUCGGCUACGUGGACUGGACCCCCUAUAUUCCUACAAUCUUCACCAGGAUCCUGCGCAGUCUAAACAUUCCAGUGGGGGUCAGUCACAUGGUGGCACCGCGCUAUCUCACCAACUCCUAUGACAUCGGACACAUGGUGUUGUGGAUCACAGCUCUUCUGGGGGGACCAGGAAACCCAGCACAGAAGGAGCUGACCUGCCUCUUCAACAGCAUUGCGUCCUUCUACCACCCCUCCAAUCAUGGUCGCUGGCAAUCCCGACUGAUGCGCCUGCUUCAGCGGCUCCCCGCGAGCGUUGUGCGCCGUGUGCAUCGGGAACGUCAUGCGGCCCCCAGCUGGAUCACGCUGGUCCCUGAGGGCCAAAGGCUGACCGAUGGAGACUUGCAGGAGUUCACCCGUAGCCUGACCGGUGCCGCCCUGCUGGCCAUGUUCAGUAAAACCGGCAGUACGGAUGCAGCCUACGCUCUUCAGAACCUGGCUCUCCUCACACCAGAUCUCGUCAUACCACCUGUACUUGAGAAGACCUACGCAGCGAUGGAGACCUUGACGGAGCCGCACACCCUCACCGCCACCCUCAGUUGCAUGAUCGGCAUGGCUCGCAGCCUGGUUUCCCUCAACAACCAUUACCCGGAGGGCCGCGGCCAUGUGCUCCCACUGCUCAUGGGCUCUCUGCCGGGGAUUGAUCCCAACGACUUUAGCAAGUCCAUGAUAACGUUCCAGUUCAUCGCCACUUUCACCACUCUGGUGCCUUUAGCGGAUUGUUCGUCGGCUCCUUCUCAACACGAGGAUCUCACAGAGAUGGAGAAAACUCUGUGUUUUGCGUCAGCUGAGUUUGAGGACUUCGUUCUCCAGUUUCUGGACAGGUGUUUUGCUCUGAUAGACAGCAGCACCCUGGAACAGACGAGAGACGAGAUGGAGACGGAUACGCAGACUCAUCUGGAGAGCCUGGUGGAGUUGGGCCUGUCCUCCACUGUUAGCACCAUCCUGACACAAUGCUCCGGGGAAAUAUACAAGGUGGCGUUGCAGAAGGUGUAUAACUUUGCCACCUCCAAUAUCUUUGAGACGUGUGUGUCAGGCAGGAUGGUGGCGGACAUGUGCAGAGCUGCAGCGAAGUGCCAUCCCGCUGAGUCUCUCCGUCUGUUUGUCCCUCACUGCUGCGGCGCCAUUUUCCAAAUUACUGACAAUGAGGAGCUGCAGUGCGAAGACGGGCUGGAUAAGGAACUGUUGUGGAAUCUCCAGCUGCUCUCCGAGGUAACCCGUGUGGAUGGUGAACAGCUGUUAAAAUACCAGGGGGACUUGGAACGGAUCCUGUGCGUGUGUGUGCGUCUGCGCUGCAAACGGGCGUACACACUCGCCUGCAGUCUGCUGGAGCACACACUCCGGUCGCUGUCCCUGAUCUAUCCCACCGAGUACCGCAGCACCUCUGGGGGUUUCGAUACUGACCUCCCGAUAUGGGACUGGGGCAGAGCUGGAGAUGUGGCAGACUUGGGUGUGUGUUGGCACGUACCUGAUCGGGAAGAGGAAAACUUUGUUUUCCAGCUGUUGUCCCGCCUCCUGCACCCUGAGCUGCACCGAAUCCGGGGCCACGUCUCUGGAGAUCAGCCAAUGGGCAGGGAGGAGCUGUUGCAGAGUCUUGCUAUUGUGCAGCACUGCCUUCUCGGUGCUGGAUCCAUGCUGCCCCCUCUGGAUGGGCCGCACGUAUCUGACCUAGUGCCAUCCAUGAUCAAUCUGGGGGAGAUCAACCUGCAUAUAGGUGUCGACUACGAUGAUUCACGGGAGAACUACAGAGAGUCCAUCUGCCAAACCAUGAGACUGCUGCUACAUCACAUCUUGGAUCACUCGGAAGAUGACACAAAGUCGCUCUUCGUCAUUAUUACGAUCAUCGGUGACCUCAUGUUUUUCCGCGGCACUCACAAGAAGGAGUUUGACUCGCGGUGGAAAAGCUACACGCUUGUCAAGAAGUCCAUGGAAAACAGGCUCCAUGGGAAAAAGCAGCACAUCAGAGCACUGCUCAUCGACCGGGUGCUGCUCCAGCAUGAGAUGAGGAAGCUGGUGGUUGAAGGCAGUGAAUACAAAGUGGUUCAUCAGGAGCUGCUGUGUGACCUGCUGCUGCUUUCUACCAGCACUUACAGCCAGGUUCGUAGCAGGGCCCAGCAUGUGCUGACGACCGCAGUGGGAACUUUUAGCUUCUCCUACAGGGACCUGGUUCCCCGAAUCCUGCAACUGCUCUCGCCACAACACACCACUGGGACGCAACAGCAGUUUAAGGGUGCUCUGUACUGCCUGCUGGGUCUGCUCAGCGGUCCCUAUCCAGCCAGUGCAAGGGACUGGGACUGUGUCGGGGAGAUGUGGCCUGCUCUGGUCCGAUGUGGCCUGUCCCCAUCCUUGACCUUGGAGGACCCAUCCAUCGGCGGGCUGCUCGACGACGUCACGGACCGCAUCCACCGCCAGCACGACACCAUAGGGAUCUAUUUCACCGUGUCGGAGUCAUGUGUGGAGAUAGCCAAUCAAAUCAUGCAGACUAAAAAUCCCAGGCCUUGUUUAGAGGCGGCGUCCAUAGAGGAGCUGAAAGAAGGGCUUCAACGUGAACGAAUCAGAAACGUUGUUGCUCCAAGGAAAUAUGAGAAGCUGGUCAAUGAUCUCUUGGACUGCCUUGAAGACAGUAACUUGACCUGGAAGUUUGAGUACAUGGCCACAGACUUGUUGGCCCUCCAGCUGAGAGAAGAUCACCCUCUUCCCCCCGACGCUGUCCUCUUCUUCACGCAGGGCCUCAUACAUGACUCCAUCUGCGUACGCAAGGUGGCAAUUUCAGCAAUGGCCGGUAUCCUGAAACAGCUAAAGCGACCAAGAAAGAAAGUUGCUGUGAAGCCGUCAGAUAUCAGUGGCAUAGAGGACCCGGGGAGUUUCUGCGUCGGGGACCGCGAGGGGAACCGCUGGCUGCAGUACGACAGCAACAGCCUCCCUGUGAGUGAGCAGCAGUGGGAUUCUCAGCCGUUUGUGGAGAAGACUCACUGUGGCUACUACUCGUGGCCGAGGGAGAUGAUGAUCCAUGCAGCUUCGGAGAGGCCGAAAGAUGAGCUGUCGUACGAAGAGAUGACCGAGGGCGAGAAGAUCAUCUUUGAAUACUUCUCGGACCCAGAGUUUAUUGAGCGGCUUAUAGGAUUCCUCUCUCUGGAGGAUCGGAAAGGAAACGACAGCUUUAAUCCCCGACGCUACUGUCUCUUUAAGGGGCUGUUUUGUAACUAUGGCGACGUGUUCCUGCCACUGCUGUGGCCUCACCUAGAGCAGCUUGCCAGCGACCCCCAUGAGAGCUCCCAGCGCUGUGUGAGUGAGAUUACUGCAGGACUAAUCAGAGGCAGCAAACUCUGGAGUUUCAGCAAGGUGGAAGGGCUAUGGCAGCUUUUGUGCCCUUUGAUCAGGACGGCAUUAACCAACAUCACUGUGGAAACCUACACCGACUGGGGCACCUGCAUUGCCACUGCCUGUGAGGGCCGGGACCCCAGGAAACUCCACUGGCUGUUUGAGCUGCUGAUGGAGAGCCCGCUGAGCGGAGAGAGCGGCUCGUUCAGGGAUGCCAGGUGUGUGUGUGUGUGUGCGUGUGCGUGUGCGUGUGUGUGCGUUUGUGUGCUUGCGAAUGGCUUUACGCUCAGAAUUUGUGUUUAUGUCAUCUCCAGUAUUUCUGAGGUUUCCGAUUUCAGGGCUGCAGUAGUAACCCGAGCUGACGUAUGCUGACCUGACGUACUGCAAUACACCGCCAAUGCCCACUG